AUGGCCCCAGCAAUCCCAAUAACAAUCGUAACCGGCUUCCUGGGCUCGGGCAAAACCACCCUCCUACUAAACCUGCUCCCCCAACUCCCCAAAACCUACAAACUGGCGCUCCUCAAAAACGAAUUCGGCGAUGUCGCAAUCGACUCCCAGUUAGCCUCGACGUCCGCAAUCUCCGGCGUCCGCGAACUCCUCAACGGCUGCAUCUGCUGCAACCUCGUCGGCCAACUCAGCGACGCCCUCGAACAGCUGCGCUCCGAGGUAACACCGGACCGAAUCAUCAUCGAGACUAGCGGGAGUGCAUUCCCCGCCACGCUCGCGAUGGAGGUGAACCGGCUUGCGCGCGAGAGUGUGGACCCGGCCACGGGGACGGGUGCGUACGUGCUUGACGGCGUGGUCUCGGUGAUUGAUGUGGAGAAUUGGGAGGGGUAUGAGGAUACGAGUUACACGGCGAAGCUGCAGGCGAAGUACACGGAUUUGAUUGUGUUUAAUAAGUGGGAGGGGGUUUCGGAGAGGCGGUUUGAUGAUGUUUUGGAUCGCGUGGGGGAUUUGGAGGUUGAGACGCCUUGCGUUAAGAGUGACAAGGGGAAGGUGGAUAAGGAUGUGCUGCUGGGGAUUGAUGGGGCGCUGUUUGCAAAGGGGGGUGAGGAGGAUUUGGAUAGUGGGAAGGUAGACGGGCAUGAACAUGGUCAUGGACAUCAGUCUGAGGUGGAGGUUCUUUCGGUUACACUACGACAGACAGGGGAGGCGGAGGAGGGUAAGGGGACGAUUGACGUCGCCGCGCUGGAAAAGCUUCUCUCCUCAGCGCCGAAGGAGGAGGUUUACAGGAUAAAGGGGAUUUUGAAGUGCUCGACACAAACGCCCCCGGCGAGCUCAUCGGACGACUUGGAUGUGAGACCAUCGGCAAACUCCACGGCGGGCGAGUCAGUGUACUAUAUCCUCAACUGGGCGUUUGGGCGCUGGACGUGCACCGCCUCGGAAGUUGUUGCCGAGGCUGCGGACACGACGGCAAUCGCUCGCAUCACGCUUAUUCUUGCGCGGUAUGAGUCUGCGAAGUGGAAGAAGAAGCUGGAGGCUGGGGGGUUGGUGCAGGGUGGCGACGGAGUUGGAGCGGAGCUGAGUGUUGAGCGGCUUGUAUAG